GAAAAAGGACCGCAGGCCGAAUCCUGAGGAGCGUGGCGGCACCAAGGUGCAAUGCUUCGACAUAGGUUCGGACGCUGGCCACCUGGAGUACCCAGGCCACGAGUGCGACGGCUUCCACGAGUUCAAGAAGGACUUCGGCAUCGGGCAGAGCCGCAUGGUCGAGUGCGGAGUGGAGGUGGGGAACCGCUUCGAGCAGCUCGGCCAGGACGUCGGUGACGAGUCGAUGGGCGAGCAGGAGCGUUACGACGACGACCAGCAUCAGGACGAGAAGGAACAGGAGGCCAACGAAUCUAGCACGCAGCACACGCAGCAGGGCUCUGGCGCAGGUGGUUGGGCGCUGCUUCGUGCGUUGGAGAAGUGCGACGCGGACGGCAACGGGUGCGUGACGGUGGCGGAGUUGCGCAUCAUGUUGGAGGAGUGUGACCUCGGG